AUUAUUUAGAGUUUGACCACAAACCCCGCCUAUAAUUGUGUAUGUGUUUAUCACAUGACAAACAUUUGAUCCGAGAGAAAGGCGACAUCUGCCGUUGUAUCUGAGGCUAAUGUUACCAUGUUACUUUUACAAUGUAGAGAUUGUUAUGUGACUAUUAUGUUUGUAUAGUUGAAUGCCUUUUCUCGGUCAAAAUAGCCCUAAUAUUUACAAGUGAAAAUACAAUUUUUGUAUUAUAUAACUCUUAUAUGAGAGUGAAACGCUGGUGUGAGCGCAAGACAUGCUUUGCUGUGACAUUUGGACUUUUACCUGCGAUCUGAACAGGUAGCGUCACUAAAAAUAGUAAGUUUGUCCCUCGUCGCGUCCACUACAAUAUCAAAACAGGGAAGCACCGGAGGUGGGAUCUGCCUCCUGCUAUGGCCAAAAAGAAAGUAAAGGAAAACACAAAACACAUAUCUUCGUUGCCAGGGGUGAAGCAGAAAAGGCCGAAGGUGGAAACACAACCUGAAGAAAAUAAUAUGGGUUUCUUUGCUGCUAUUGCUUUGCUCGUGGCCGUUUUCGCGGCACCACUGUCGGCCGAAAUAUUUACAUCUGAUCUCAGGCACCAUAAGCACAAAGCUCUGAAGAUGGAUGAGGCGCUACUGACAGUCAACAAUGAGCUGGACUCUGAGCUGGUGGUGUCGUGGAUGUCAAAGCGCUGCUACCAAUGUUUGUACCAGGAGCUAGGUGUGGUACCUGCAGGGCCCAGCCCCGGCCAGCCCAGCUCAGUAAACUUUGUUGUAAGCACACAGCAUGAAAUAACUCUACAGGUCAACGGCACUGUUGUCAACACAGAGCUAUGCAGGGUUCCCUUCCACUUUGGGGAGCACGGGAACUACUCUCUGUGGGUGAAAAAUCUGAACAACUCCUCAGCGGCCAACUGCUCCGUGGUGACUGAUGCGGACCCCGUGAACAGCUACAUACCGAUCUUAGUCGCUUUUCUGAUCUUUGCUGGACUGGCCUUGGUCAUGCCUGUUGGAAGAAGAAUAUUAGAACUUAAUGUGGUGAAGAGUCUCGUACUCAGAUUUGGCAGCUCCAUGGAGACAGAGAGACUCAUCAACUCUGAACUGGGCUACCCUCAGAUAGCUGCACCAGUCACUGACAACAUCCUCCCUCCUCAACCAGGCAGCAGUAAAAGACUUCGAUCUCUGGACACAUUUAGAGGUAUCUCCUUAGUCAUUAUGGUGUUUGUGAAUUACGGAGGAGGACGUUAUUGGUUCUUCAAACACGAAAGCUGGAAUGGCCUUACAGUUGCAGAUCUUGUCUUCCCUUGGUUUGUGUUCAUAAUGGGAACGUCUAUCGCGCUGUCAAUCAACUCCUUGCUGCGCGCGGGCUCCACCCGCUGCUCCCUGUUCAAGAAAGUUGUGUGGAGGAGCAUGCAGCUCUUCAUCAUCGGCCUCUUUGUCAUUAACCCAAAUUACUGCCAGGGACCUUUGUCCUUCAACAACCUAAGGAUCCCAGGUGUGUUGCAGCGCCUCGCCUGGUCGUACCUGGUUGUAGCCAGCCUGGAUUUAUUGGUGGCGAGAGGCCACCUUGACAUCCUUCCAAUGGAGGCUUGGUGGUCCCCUCUCCUCGACAUCUUGCUCUACUGGCCAGCCUGGCUGUGUGUGAUUCUUUUAGAAGUCCUCUGGCUGUGCCUCACUUUUCUGCUUCCUGUACCAGAUUGCCCAAAAGGCUACCUGGGUCCAGGUGGGAUUGGAGACAUGGGCCUGUAUCCUAACUGUACUGGUGGAGCAGCUGGUUUCAUUGACCGUUGGCUCCUGGGAGAAAGCCACAUCCACCAGACUCCCACAUCACGGGUCAUUUAUGCAACUCAGAUGCCAUAUGAUCCAGAGGGUGUUCUCGGUAGCAUCAACUCUAUCCUCAUGGCUUUUCUUGGAUUACAGGCUGGGAAAAUAAUUUUACACUACAGAGACGUUCACAGAAGCAUUAUCUCGAGGUUCCUCGUGUGGGGCUUCUUAUUGGGAAUCAUAUCGGCUGUUCUGACCAAGUGUUCCACAGACCAGGGCUUCAUUCCUGUCAAUAAGAAUCUGUGGUCUCUGUCCUAUGUGACAACACUGGCCUCUUUUGCUUUUGUGCUGCUAGUGGUGGUCUACUACAUAGUAGACGUGAAGAAGUGGUGGUCUGGGGCACCUUUCUAUUACCCUGGCAUGAACUCCAUCCUUGUGUACGUGGGCCAUGAAGUGUUCGAGGACUACUUUCCCUUCCGCUGGCGCAUGGUCAACAGCCAGUCCCACGUCGAGCACCUCAUCCAGAACCUUUUAGCAACUUCCUGUUGGGUCCUCAUCUCCUAUGUGCUCUACAGAAAGAAGAUUUUCUGGAAAAUUUAGAAGCGUGUCCCUAAGUGACGGGAAAAAACAAAAGCGAAGGACACUGUUUACAUCAUGAUUGCUGGAGAUAUAAACUUAAAAUGUUUAUAUAUGCGAAACGGGAAAACUGAUUUAUUUUGUCAAAACUGCAAUGAUUCUCUCUAAACCUCUUCGUUUAUUUGAAUGUCACUCACUACUUUAUAGGACCAAACACCUCUUUUCAAAGGUCUUUAAUUACAAAGCGGCUGAGAACCUGCCAGAUAUCUUCUCUCACUCAGGAAGAAUAGUUUGUAAACAUGAUAACUAAAGUAUUAAUACUGACUGUGUGUUAUAGACAAAGGUUUUCAUCCCUAUUCUAGGACAGCGCACUACGGCGGCCGACUGUUGCAGUUGCGGUUCAACAAACCCUCGUUGACUUCACGGUGGCACAAUCACCGCUGCCAUCUCAGUUACUGUUGAAACUUAGGUGUGGUUUUGUGACUCCUGAGCGGAGGACUGUAAAUGAUGUACCCUCGAAACAAAAAAAAAAAUGACACCAAGAAUGCGUUAUCUUGCAUCAACAGUGCAAGAUGGACCUGAUAAAAGUAAACAAGAGGGGACACGGUGCAGCAUCUGCAGCAUCUCAUUCCUCAGAUGCUGGUGUGGCUUUAAUCGCGGUUCAUCAGUUUGCAGUUGCGCUUGAGUCUAAACGUCAUUUGCAAUAUCAGGUCAACAUAAGGAGCUGGAUGUUACCAAGUGUUGAGGGGAAGUAGAGGACGGCGUGUCAGUUGACUGUUGAGGUCUGCUGGGGGUUGCUGGCUUUGCAUUUUUGGUAAAUGCAGAACCAGUGAGUGUGUCUAUUUUUUGAUCAGGUUUUCCAAAAAAAAAAAAAAAUCGUCACACAACCUCCUUUUUUUUUAUGGUUUCACACGCAUAUUUUCAGUUUAGCGGUGGCAGAAAUGAUUGGCCCUCAUCUUGCCAAAACAUUCACUAGCUAUUGUGUCAUCAUCGAACUCGUUGCUCGUGCUGUGUAUCUCCAUAUAAAGUGGUUUCAUUAUGAGAUUUUAAAGUACAGUAUAAAACCAGGCAGUGUCUUAACCCUGUUGCCGUUGCCCGCGCUGUAUCGUAUAAAUGUGGCCCCUUUUUUAGGAUUCAUGUAAACCUUACUUUUAAUAACAGUUUUGUGGGCAUAUGCUGUGACAGAUUGUGGAAUUACUGCUCAUCUAGUACUGUCUUAAUUGAUUUCCUUUAUUUUGUUGAACUUUUGUACACAUUUUUUUUUUUUUUUUUACCUACACUAUUUGCAACUACAUUUAUUUAAUAAAAUCUAUUCUGAAAUAUUA